AUGUUUUCGCCGUCUGCGAACGAGGGAGGCCCGGCCACGGCGACUCGCUCUCGUCGGCGGCUACGCCCCAAGAGCCAGGAGCAGCUCGUGGCGGCCCCCAAGCCCAAGAGACAGCGCGUGCCUCUGAGCGAGCAGACUUUGAACAACACCGACGCCCAGCCGGAGAUGGCUGAGGUGAGGCCCGAAAAGGCUGCAACGCCUGCCCCCGAGCCCAAGAAGGACGCCGCCAUCGAGAAUUCGCCUUCAGUACAGACUGUUUUGCGCAAGGAAUUGAUUGUGCGGACGAAGAAGCCCAAGCACGGCGAUCGUGCUGCUCAAAAGGGUGACGGAAGCCUCGUUCUGACAAGCACCAAUGCAUACACUGUUAGCAAAUUACCAGCCUUACCCGAUAGAAUCCGAAGUGACUGGUCUGGGAGCCAACAAGCCGACAUUUUCUCAUCCUCUGGCUAUGCUUUGUCAUUGACGCCUACUCAUGCUGUUGUAUGGCCUUAUAACUCGACCUCACAGUCUCCCGAGACCUUCACCUUCACCCUCCCAUCCUCUUCGAAGCCCAGCGAUACUCUUCCAGUUGGAUGUCUCGUCUCUCCUUCUGCAUCAUCAACCGAACCCGGUUUGGUUGUUGUGAUGGCUAGCACCGGCAAAGUCGUCCUCUGGGAGUCUAUAUCUAGCGCUGCUACCUUCGCCUUUAUCAAGAAGGAUAGAUCCGGCGUCGAAUACCAGAUUUCUGGAUUGUCCUCGGGCGAAAAGGCCGUUGCCAUUACUAAUGCAGAGACUGCCGGAUUUCUGCUUUCCUUCAACAGCGGGCGUGUAGCUUACAUGAACGUGCGAGACAGCCAUGGCCGGCCAGCAAUUUCUGUACAGUUUCUUCGAAACAACCUUGCGACCACCAACAGCGGCUUAUUUGGAACCAUUCGACAUGCCUUUUCGCACUUGAGCCUAAAAGGGGAUAUCGCGGCUGUCAGAGCUGAUAGGUCUGCUAGAGUAGGCGAGAAGAAUGUGAUUGCUUUGACAACUAAAGGCAAGCUACAAUCAUGGAGAGUCCACCGUGGAGGACAUAAUGAAGCGUUUGGCGAAUUCGACGUCAGAGAGUCCAUUACUUCAGCACUUUGGGAAGCCGACCCUUUCUGCCGCGAUCUACCGGCCGAUUCCUUUGAAGCAAUCGAUUUUACCUUUGUUCCCAGAGGCCUAGAACACAAAUAUCUAGACCUCAGCAAGCUUAGCGCCGCAACAUCUUCUGAUGAUCCGUCAGUGCAGCAACUGCUACUGCUUGUCAGCUUGACUAGUCGCGCUGUUUCUCGUUACGCCCUGGUUGAAGUCGUUCUUACUCCCAAAGGUGGCCAAGUUGGCAUGAUUCGACCAAUUACCUCCUACACCACGCCGUUUUCUCAGACAGAUUCUGUCCAGGCAGUAAAGCCGCGGCUCUAUCUCCCGCGUCCUGCACUCGUGGCUUUUGCAGUCUUUGACCGUGCCGCCGUGAUAGCGUCCAUCGCCGUAUCUCCAGAGUCUCCCGACUAUCAGCUCCAAUCCGACACGCACACACUAUCUCCAUCUUUCGAGGACGUGAUCGAUUUUCGCGAAGAUAAUGUCCACGAGGUUAUCGGAUCUGGCUUCGAGGAGAUGUUGCCUGUGUCUCAAUCAAACGAGGAAAGCCGAGCAGCUCGAGCGAAGAGCAAGAAUCCAGCUGUUGUUUUGGUAGUGCGAGGCGCCGGAGUUGUUCGCAUUGCUACCACCGACGUGGACAAGUUUGCCAGCGAUCAGCCCCCAUCAAUUUCCGCCAAAAGCAAACUAGAGCAAGCAGUCUUUUUCGGCACCAAGAAGAACAAUCCUCUGGUAUUCAAUGUCCGCCAAGAAGUUCAGUUUUCCGAAGAGGAAAUUGCGCAAGCAGCGCUGGAAGUCAGCAACGAGAUCCUCAGCUCAACUACUGCAUACAUCUCCACUUUGCCAGCCUCUUUAGAAGAAAACCUUGUGGCACGCGGCAAUGCAUUAGAAAAGCUCAUCCUUCACCUGAAAGCCACCGGAACUCACCUAGACCGCAAAACCCGCUGGAAUUUGCUAUACAAUGCAGAAAAGAUGCACGUAGCAGCCCUCCUCUGGAAACGACAAGAGGCCUUUGUUACGGCACGCCCAUCCGAUAGCAAGAAGAGCCUGAUUGGAUAUAUCGUUGAAUUCAUCCACCAAGACCAGAAGAGCAACCCUAGCGCUGAAGUUGGUGAGGUGGACCGAAUCCGCCAUUGGUUUAUCAACGACAUAUUCCGCCUUGAGCUUUUUGUGGCCUGGGCAUACGAAGUCAUCAAGAUUAUGUACAAAGACAAACUGCUGGAUGACGCUAAAGUGACCUUUAUGAUUUCUGAGGCUAUUCAGAUCAACGUAUGCACUCUACUUGGCGCCUUGGACUUCCGUAAGAGCAACCUUGCAUUCUAUGGAUUGGGCGAUGAGAAGCUGAGGCUGGGUAUCCUGCGCGAGGGCUAUGAUGGCCUCCCUGAACCGUGGACUGGCUGUCACUACGUUGCCAACAACGUUGCUCGCCUAGUCGAGCUUUCGGACCAAUGGUAUCAAAAGUGGUCGAGGGCAACCGCUGGCGAGGAUAAGACAAAGCAGUCGACCAAACCAGAUCCUGUUAUCAUCGCGCGGAUAUAUAAGGAUCUCCCUGCCGCGAUUGAUGGUAUGCUCACCUCGAUUUUGGAGUAUGCGCGAUGGGCCGAGACGACGCCGGACCAGAAAUCAAUGGGCCAGACCUUUGCCAAAGAAUACCAGAAAGAGCGAUACAGUAGACCUAUCAGUCUCGCACGAGCAGGCAAGUGGGAAGAAGGAGCCUCCAUCGCCGAGAAGCAUGGCUGCUUGGACGGUUUGGCCGUUAUUCUACUUGACCACAUUGAAGAGCUGGAACUGACGGUCGCCGAACCUGGACUCACUACUUUCGAUUCACAAAACCUGAGAGCUGUGAAAGAAAGAAGAGAAACAGAACUGGAAGAGCGUUUCACCCGGUAUGGCCAGGAGUUCGCCUUUCCGGUUUAUGAAUACAUGCUUGAGAAACAUGGAGUUGAUGCCGUCUUGGCAUUUGAGCUGGAGAAUUCAGGCUACAAGACGCGAUUCCUCCGCAGCCGACCAGAGUUGGCGCGGAUUUCGUGGAUCAACGACAUCCAACAGGAGAAACAGGUCGGCCACGCCGCCGAGACGCUCAUGCAUCUUGCUCUCAAAAAGGAGCAGCAAGUAUGGAGCAAGAAGAUUGAACUCAGCCUCGGAAAACUUGCCCUGCUUGCCGAGAAGGAACAAAAGUCUCCAAAUAAUGGCAAUCUCAAGUUAAAUGCAGACGAAAUUCGGAUCGAGCAACAGCUCGCGCAGGUUGACAAAGAGCUUAUUACGGUUAAAAUCCAAGACCAACUCUACGCUCAAAUCUUCCCUAGCACUUACGACGCCGUUGACGAGGCUGCAGCUCUGAACUUUGCCAUGGAGGCUCACAGCGCAAAUGUGCCCAAGCGCCAGAAGACUUUACGUCAGCUCUUUGAGGAUGGCAUGGAAAGACUGCUUAAGCACGAGGCUCUUGAUCCCAUGACCCUUAUUGACCUAUUGACUCUUGUUGAUCUCAAACAGGAAUCAAGAGAGGAAAUUGCCCACCCAUUUUGGCUGGCUCUUAAAGUGGCCGACAGCAGCUGCCAUAGCGAGGAAGCUCGAGAAGCCAAGCGACUCAUUUGGAGGAGGCUAUUCAUCCGAGAUGACUGGUCCAAGAUCAAUGACACACAAUUGAAGGAUGAUCGUGAAGUUACAGAGAGACUAGCAUCUACCGAGCUUUUCGCCAUGCUGUAUGACUGCAUUACCUAUGAAGAAGAACAUGCACGUGGCACAUUCAAGCCCAUGCUACCGAAAGAUGCCCUCGGCGCCUUCACGGAGCACGUUGAUCGUCGUUUCCAUGACUUUGAAGCUGGAAUGAAGACGAAGCUGAUCGACGCCAUGAAUCAUGAAGACAAGCUUCUUAAUCAAUACAUUGAAAAGAACCGUCUAACGGAAUGGGUCCGCACCGCUCUGGAAGUGGCACAGGCCCAAAUCAAGGAGGAGCGGGCGAAACCCAACGCUAUCCCUCCCAUGGCGUUGCCAAUGUCUCUAUUUGGCAAAGAAAUAACUACGGAAAACCCUAAUGGCACGGCUUAA